CAAAAAUCGCCAUUUUUACUUUAGUGAAGGGAGAAUUAAUAUUUGUCAGGCUGGAGGACGAAGAUUAUUUUGAAAAAAGUGUGUCAUUACAUUUCAUUUCAAGUAGAAAAGACUAUUAUUUGAAAGAAAUUUUAGUAUAAUAGUGUGUUUUUAUUUCUUACUAACGUUUGUAUGUAGUGCUACUUCCCGUCGUAAAGUUGCUCGUUGGUGUGUCGCUUUAGCUAAUUCGAUGGCUAUGAUAUUGAAAUUGUAAUCUAACGUGUCGUUUUGACGUUCUCUGUACGGGAUAAUAUCGAUACACCGAGGCGACGCCGUUAGAAAUGAGCAGGCCUCAAGGCGGACGCAUACAAGUCCCGGAUGACCUUAGAGAGAUCUUAUUGGAAUUCACCAUAAGUUACCUUCUGGAGCAGCCAGGGGACGUGAUCAACUACGCGGUCGAGUUCUUCACCAGGUUACAGAACAACAGGACGACAACCAUAGUGCGGGGCCCCACCGCCGGCACACCCGAUGAGUCCAUAAUAUCAGACGAAGAAGAGCCGCCAGUGGCGCGCUUCAACAACCGGCGCAAGUCUGUCUUCGCGGAGACCUACGACCCCGAGGAAGAUGAUUCUGACGAGGGCGCUCCCGCCGUGUUCCCCAAGUCGGACGCUCAGCGCGCUCGCCUCGCUGAAGCGGUGCGAGGCAUCUUGCUGUUCCGCUCGCUUGAUGCUCAGCAGAUGCAGCAGGUUCUCGACGCUAUGUUUGAGAAACGCUCCGAGCCCGGCGAGUAUGUAAUCAGGCAGGGUGAUGAUGGUGACAAUUUCUACGUCAUCGAGAAUGGCAUGUUUGAUGUACUCGUCACCGGAGAUGACCGCAUCGAGAAGGUGGUCCAUACUUACGAAGGUUCAGGCUCGUUCGGCGAGUUGGCGCUGAUGUACAACAUGCCCCGCGCGGCAUCGGUGCGCGCCCAGUCCCCGGGCGCUCUAUGGGCCAUGGACCGCCACACCUUCCGUCGUAUCCUGCUCAAGAGCGCCUUCAAGAAGCGCAAGCUGUACGAAGAGCUCCUCGACAAAGUGCCCAUGCUUAAGGCGCUCCAGUCGUACGAGCGCGCUAACUUGGCGGACGCGCUGCUGCCUCGCUCGCUGAUCGAUGGCGAGCUGAUCAUCCGGCAGGGAGACACCGCCGACGGCAUGUAUUUCGUGGAGGACGGCUCCGUCAGCAUCCGCAUCACCCGCGACGACGGCAACGAGCACGAGAUUAAGCGCCUCGGCAAAGGAGGUUACUUCGGCGAGCUCGCGUUGGUGACCCAUAAGCCGCGUGCUGCGUCUGCUUACGCUGUCGGACCCACCAAAGUGGCAUUCCUGGACGUGGAGACAUUCGAGCGUCUGCUGGGCCCAUGCAUGGAGAUAAUGAAGCGCAACAUUGACGACUACGAGGAACAACUGGUGAAGUUGUUUGGUGACAAGAGCAACCUCACCGACGUGCGAUGAACGCCGCGACGCGGCAUCAUUACGUUCCCCUUCCAUUUACCGUGAGGUGCGUCACGUGUCCGCCACGUCAUUUCUCUGUGUGUCCCCAGUGUCCCGAACCCAGUAGUUAAAUAGUUUGUGCAAUAACUAAUUACUGUCAUUUAUCUAUGUCGUUUACAUCAAUAUCAUGUGUUAAAUUUUGUCUGUGUGGAAUUUAUUUAUAUAGAUUUUAAUAAAUCGUAGUAUAAGAUAUUUCUCUAUAAACUGGUGUUUAAGAACAUCGUGCAUUUGCUGUAAUGCAUCAGAAAAGUGGCAACGGCUAUCUUGAUUACACGUCUAGAUUCAGUUUUCUGAAUGAUUAAAUCGCAAAUGCAAUCUAUUCGCAAUACCUACUAUGUUAGAAGCACAAAUAUUUAUAUGCGUGAAUCGUGGAGAGGUUUUCAUUCUGUUGUCUUCCAUGGGACGCACAGAAAACUCGCCGCUAUUUGCUCCCAAUCGGGGCGCUAUUAUGCAUUCUCUGGCAUACUGAUGUAAAGUUGAAAUUCGAUACGCUUAAACGUAGCGUAAUUUUUUAUAAAUUAUACUAGUCAUUGGUGUCUAAUGUAGAUUGUAAUCUGACAGCACAUUGGAAUGGAAAAAACUCCAUAUCUUCACGUUCACCCUAGGUGUAAGUUGUCAUAUUACUACCAUGUGAGUAAGCAUAUCAGUGCGGUAGCCACCGCGCGCCGCCGUCUCCCAUGUCUAAAUAAUAUUGCACCACAUAAGAUACAUCCGGUAGCCAGUUGAAAACUAGUACCUACCGCUUUUCACGUCAUGAGCUUACCCUGUACAUUUAUAAAAAUUAUGUAUCGUAAAAUGUUAGAAAACUGAAUUAUAUUUGUUUGUAGAUCUAUAA